CUGCCUCCGUACGCAAGACAGUGCAUACAGAAUUUUUUUCCCCCUCCCCUUUUCGUUCUCAUUUGUACUCCCCCCCCCCUCCUUUUUUUUCAAAUUCCCUAAAUGUAACCACUCAAGUUUAUACUAUGGACGGGAAAACUAUGAAUGGCCGGCGAUAGCGUAGUGGUGUUAACAUGAUCUGGAAGUGCCUAGCCAGGGAUAAGUGUCGAUGGUUGUGUUAAAGUCUCCGUGUUAGCAAGACGGCGGCGUGCCAUGGACUUUCACUCUGUACGGAUUACCAGAGCCCGGAGUACACAGCCCCGGGGGACACAGCGCCGCAGCCGCAGCCGCAGAAGGCUCCUCCUAAUGCAGAGGAAAGCGAAAAAGAAGAAAAAGAAAAAGAAGAAGAAGAAGAAGAGGAGGAGGAAGAGGAAGAAGAGGAGGAGGAUGAGGAAGAGGAACCAACGGGCGAUGAAGGGGAAAAGGCGAACAGCACGGAGAGCAUCAUCGCCGCCAUCUUGGACCAGCAGAGGGCACAGCUCCUGCAGGAUAUGAAGGAUUAUGCGUUCCAUCCCAAGCUGAAGGCGAGGAGCGCGAAGGACCUGACGUUAGAGCAUGGCGGAAAACCAGUCCGGAGUUUGGUCAUAACAACAUGGCGGUCGGGGUCCACCUUCAUCGGCGACGUGCUGCAGAGUCACCCGGGCACCUACUACCACUACGAGCCUCUCCUGGACUUCGGCAUCAAUCAGGUGCGCUACGGCCAGGACGCGGCUCAGGCGCUGCACAACCUGAAGCACCUCCUCACCUGCGACUACAGCGAAAUGGAGCACUACCUGGACUACGGGCCCGACCACCCGUGGCUGUUCACGCACAACCAGGUGCUGUGGAGUCGGUGCCAGGCGUUCCCCGACCUGUGCUGGAAGCCCGAGUUCCUGUCGCCCUUCUGCAGCCUCUUCCCCUUCCAGUCCUUGAAGACGGUGCGCCUCAGGCUCAACCUCACGCAGGAACUGUUGCAGGACAAGAAGUUGGGUGUGCAGGUGCUGCUUCUGGUGCGAGACCCGCGGGGCACCAUGCAGUCGCGGCGCCAUCGAGACUGGUGUCCGGGGGAGCCUGACUGCGACGACCCGGCCAGGCUGUGCGGCGACCUCGUCAGCGACUACAACACCGCUCUGGUGCUAAGAAGAAAGUUUCCGCAUUCCUUCAGAGCCGUCCGCUAUGAAGACUUGUCGUUCGACGCCUACAACAUGACGAAGGAACUCUUUGACUUCUUCCACCUGAGCUACCACCCUCGCGUGCAGUCCUUCCUCGAUACGCAUACCAAGCAGACCAUCGGGGGCGUGUCCAGCACCUUCAGGGACUCCAAGACGGCGCCCAUCCACUGGAAGACGGACCUCGAGUGGGCGGAAGUGGAGAGGAUUCAGAAGGCGUGCCACAAGGCUCUCAAGCUAUGGGGUUACAACGUGGCCAGGAACGAGGAGCACCUGCGCGCGUUCAUGCCCGUCGGCCGCUUCAAGUUCCCUUGAUGAAGCGAGAGGCGUAAACAUCUCUAAACAACUCUCGCGUAAACAUGAAGAUUAUUUGUAAUCGUUGGUUUUGGAUUGGAAAUAUUUCGUGAGAAUCAGAGAAGAAGAAAAAGAAGAAGAAGAAGAAGAAAAAGACAAAGAAACCGCUGCCUUAAGAAUAAGAUUUGGUUGUGAUAUUUUCUCUCCUAAUCUCUCCGACGGAACUUCCCGUGUGAUAUUCACUUUCUGUAUGAAGGAGGCAUUGCAUGUAAAAGUAGAUUGCUUUCCCUCUGAAUCUAAGUCAAAUAAAUAUAAGAAGGUAAUCAGUAAACUGUUUACAGGUUUUGUAAAUAUGAGAAAACCAAUUCUAACAUGUGUUCUUUGCGUACCUUAUGAAGUAAUGAGGUGCUAAUGGAGUUUUUCCUGCCCGUAUAAUAUGAAACACGUUCUUCCAAAACCGAAAAAAUAGUUAUUUUAUGUUGAUAAAACGGUGAAGAAAAACGUAUAUGAAUGGAAGUGACAUUCAUGAAAAUAUUUACCUGCAUAAUCAUUGUGAAAUACCCGGGGAAGUUCGAAGAACGGACUCGAUGCCAAACGUACAACUUAAGUGUUAUCUUCCGGUGCAAGACCAUGACGUCUAACUGGUGGUCGUACUGUAGGAAGACCACGUGCUCUAGUGUCUCGUUGAAAGGACGACUCUCCUACGAGGUUGUUUUAAAUACAAACGCCUUAACCACUUUAAUAUGUUGGUGCUUGCCAUGACGUUUGAAUAUUACGUGGGUUAUUAAAAAAAGGCGAUAUGACAUUGUGAAUGGUUGGCAGAAUGGUGCUUUUGUAAGUGAUUGUGUGUACGGAUAUAUAUAUGAUUUUACAAUUGUUAUUAAAGAGAGUAUUGCGUGAAGUUAUUUUCUUUCAAUGUUGCAAAAUCAUUGUGGUGGGUAAAUUUGUAUUAAGUACUGUUGUAUUAAUCGUUUUUUUUAUAAUGAAAGUUUAUUUUUGUUUAUUGCUAACUCUUCAUGCAUACCUUAUUUCCAUAUGUUUUUAAUAUUUGUUUCUUGAAACUGUGCACGAGUUGUUAACAGAUUUAUUAGUACAUAUCACACAAAUUUGCCUUCUAGAUUAAAAAAAAAAGUUAAAUUCAGUACGAGGCACCAUUGAGUGACGCUUUUUAACACAGCAUACGGCAGAACACUGACCUGUGAUCAACAGUUGUAUACCAUCAUCGUAUUUACAUUAAUAUAUACUACUUUAUUUCAGUGAAUGUUGACAGUGUAAACUAUUUCAGUGAAAUCUUUAAAACUUACAAUAUUUUUGUAUCCAUAUACAUGUUAGUCACUAUUAAUAUAUUCUGUCUGAUAUGUUUGAAACUUGGUCAGACCUCGUUUUGUCUGACGCUAAAGAUUGUUGGUGUAUACAUUUUUUUUUAAUGUUCGACUGUCUUUUGUUAACUUCUCGUAGCUGAACAUUAAAAAUGCUUGCUGAUACCAUAUUGAACUGGAAGAUUUUUUAGUGUGAAACAGAAGUAUUUUGAUAGUUAAUGUGAUUUUUUUUUACAUCCCUUUUCUGUUAACUUCCCUCCAAAGAUGAUGCCACCAAAUUUUUCAGUUCUAAAAUAACCUUUGUUCUCUGUAUGUGAUCGAUAUCUUGGUUAUUUGGUAUCGGCGUUGUGUGUACAUAAUAAAGCUGAAUGUGGAGAUAA